GUAUCAUAAUGUAGAAAUUUACUAAAAAGUUUCGACCAUAUUCCGGAUGAAUCAUCAAAAAACGAGAAAACCAAAAAACGAGAAGCCCCGACGCGUCAAACCCUAUCUCCUAUAAUUGCAAUUCCUUUGUCUCGUCUCAUCCCCGUUCUCACACAACACACUGAAUCCCCCUCUUUCCCAGCCCUAAUUCCACCCCCAAUUCUCAAUGAUACUCUCAAUUCCCAUCCACUCUGGCCUUUCUAACACUCUCAAUCUCUCCUCUUUCUAACACAACACGCGUCUCUGCACACACGAAUCAUACUCUCUGCACACAUGGCGGGAUCCGUUGACGAUCUGGGGCCCCCGCCGGAUUCAUGGGAGGUAGCUGAUUUGGACGCCAGUAUGGCCCGAUUGAUGCUCAAGAACCGCGAUUCUGUCGCCUCCUCCAAGUCGCUUGAGCUCGGCGAUGCUGCUUCUGCUUCUGCUCUCGGAUCUUCUGUCCCGCCCGUUGCGUCCGAGGAUUUGGUUAAUUCAGUCGAUCAGUUUCUUCGCGAAGCUAUUCAGAAUCCUCGCGAACGCGUCUCCGUACUUCGGAUGGAGCAGGAUGUGGAGAAGUUUAUUCGUGAUCCUACCCGACAACAAAUGGAGUUCCAGCAGCUGCCAACUUCCUAUUUGCGGCUGGCUGCUCAUCGUGUAGCUCAACACUACUCACUUCAGUCCAUGGUUUUAUUGGAUAACAGUGUUCCAGAUGGUACUGCUUCAAAAAUUAUUGUUCGCAAGACUUCAGAGUGCCGGCUUCCUAUGAUCCGUCUGGCAGACAUUCCAGUAAAUUUACCUACAGAAAACAGUGGUGUUGUUAAAGUUGCAAUCAAACAGAGACCUCAGAAAAGGUCUCAAGGUGCCAAUAGUGGAAACUCACACUCAAAAAACAAUAGUUCGAAAAGUGUGGAGGAGAGAAAGGAGGAAUACAACAGGGCCCGUGCAAGAAUAUUUAACUCAGCUACUUCUAGUGGGGGUCCCGCUAUAUCAGAAAGUGUGCCAAGGGUGCAGGAUCGGUUUCAUCAUGGGCAUGGGUCAAUUGGAAUAUCUAGAAUCGAAGAGUCAUCGGCUCCUUUAGUAACUGAUACAAAUGCUGGGAGGAGCUUGAUUAAUUCAGCAGGUAGCAGUAGAUCAUCUAGUAGCGGGAUAGAGAAAGAGCCAGUUGGUAGGUUUAAAUCUAACAAUAGAGUUGCCAUAUUCCGGGAUCGUGAGGUAGAACGGAAGGAUCCUGAUUUUGACAGGAGCUAUGACAGAUACGCGCAGAGAUUUGAUCCAGGUUUUGGGUUUAAUGGAGGGCCAUAUGCCAUACAGCCUUUGUACUCUCCUGUUCUGAACUACAGCACAGAGUUUCCGCAACUUGGCUCAGCUCCCAGGCCUUCGAUUCCCUCUGAACACCAACCCAGGCCACUCCCUCAACAUCUGCCUGGACCAUGGGUUACAUCAACAACUCCUACAGGAAUUGGGUAUGUACCCUCAGAGGCAAUGAUGACUGCUCCAUUUAGUCCUAAUCAUGUUGGGAAUCACUCUGCCUCUGCUUUAUACUUGCAUUCCACUCAGUUUCCUCGUCAGCUACCAGGAAUGCAGUUUAUCCAUCCUCAUGAACAGGUGUACCAAACAUUUCCACAGUCACAUCAUCAGCAACCUGAUGCAACUUUUGGAUUAGCCCGGCCCCGUUAAGGGGCUUGGGCCAUGCCUGCACCCUGUUGAAGAUAAAAAACAUGAAGAUGCUAUAUGCUUAAAUGGCAUGGGUGCAGGCAUAAGACACCGAGUUCGGCUGGGACAUGCACACAACCACGCAAUCUGAUUGUCUGUCGAACUCGGUAAUCGAUAUUUUGAGCCUCCUGCAAGUUGUUGGGGCUUGUGGCACUUCAUUUUCUAUUGAAGCUCUCUUCUUGGGAGCUUUUCUUUUGCCACUGAUGAUGAUGAAGAACAAAUCUAGGGAAAAGGAUGCAUCAGAGCUGAAUGAACACUGUUCCUCUGGGUGAAGAAGACAUCUUGAGCUGUGGAUGCUUUGUUGCAGACUGAACAUGAUUAAGCAAGCUCUGAUUGGAACUCGUGUCUUCUGAUUCCCAGACAAUUAAGAAGUACAGUACAUGUAUAUGCAAUGGUUGCUCUGGUCUGAACUUGUAUCCAUUACCCAUACUUAUCUUGAAUUAUGCUGACUUGCAUUCCAAAGAAAGAAUCUAGUUACUGGUUGAUUUA